AAACUUUGUUUUUCCGUAUAACCAAAAUCUCAAAAUGUUAUCACCAUAUUCCGUUUUCUUUGCAAUUUUCUUAGUAGCAAUAACCAAAUUAUCACCCCUUCUUGUUGCAAUUGACACUCAAGUUCCCGAAGGAUCGAUACUCGAGUUAUACAUGCAUGAUAUUCUGGGAGGAAAUAAUCCAACAGCUCGACCAAUUACCGGAUUAUUAGGCAAUAUUUAUAGUGGACAAGUUCCUUUUGCAAGGCCUUUAGGUUUUCAACCACCUAAAGAUGGUGUAGCAAUUCCUAAUUCUAAUGGUGCAAUUCCAACAUUUAAUAUCAAUGGUGUUCCACUAGGAACUGGCUUAGCAGGCACAAUAUUUGCUGGAAAUCAGAAUGGCCAAGCUAGUGGUGUGACUACUCAAUUAGGCCCUGAUGGAUUGGGCCUCGGGUUUGGUACCAUUACAGUUAUCGAUGACUACUUGACAUUGUCCCCUGAGUUAGGCACACAAAAACUUGGAAAAGCACAAGGUGUAUAUGUUUCAAGUUCUGCAGAUGGAACUACUCAAAUGAUGGCGUUUACCGCCAUGAUGGAAGGAGGCGAAUAUGGCGAUAGCCUCAAUUUUUUCGGAGUUUAUAGAAUUGGAAGUACAAUGUCAAGAAUUUCAGUUACAGGAGGAACUGGUAAAUUUAAAAAUGCUUGCGGAUUCGCGGAAAUUCGUUCACUUAUACCAGCAGGGCAACAUGUUACUGAUGGUGCAGAGACAUUGUUAAGGAUUACUGUUCAUCUUACGUACUGAAAAAAAUUAUUUAAGCAAGAGAUGGUGGAUUGAUAUAAAUUGUGUGAAAAAUGAAUUUGAUUUGUGUUUUUUUUUUUCUUGUAAUGUUUUACUUUUGAAUUGAA